GUCGGCAACCGAUCGGCGUGGACCGCUUCUGAGUCCGCAGGACUCGGCCCAGUUGAGCCACAGUCUGGCGGCGCUUUCGCGGUUCCCGAGCUCUACUAUACUCUGCGACGGUUUGCGCCGGCGUCAAACUCCAUUUCGACGACUGGAUUGAGCUUUGCCUCCGUUCCACAAGUGCCGGCUUUCAACGGUCAUUCAGACGGUCCGAAGAAUGGCCUCUCUUCGAUGGUGAUGUCGCAUUCGACCUCAUUGACUGGUCUGCAGCAGCAGAAACCACUUGCUCUAUCGAAUGGACGGUGUAUCUCAAAUGCGCUGAAACCAUCGCCGGAGGGACACACAUCUCCAGAGCUUUCCUCGAAAGACGGGCCAACGGAAGAGGUGAUUAAGGGGCUAGCAGUUGGAUUUGACAUCUGUCCUGUGGCCCAACGGUACUCGUGGCAAUGUGGUGUAGUAGUUAACUUGUCGAGUCUGUACGCGGCAUUGUCAUGGCGGAAGUGGACUGCAGUUUUGACCUCGCCUAGGUCUUAUCAUAACCUCCAGCGGGAGUCGAACCGUGACAGUGAAGAAUGGGAGCUUGACACGUCGACCACUGGUGCCCUUGGUUCACAGGCAAGAUGUGAAUUUUAA